AUGGCGUGGCAGCCGGAGCCGCAGGCCCUCACCCAGCUGGCCAAAUGCCUCCGCGACUCUCUCAGUGGCCAUGACGUUCAAGCACAGAAGCAGGCCGAGCAGAUGCUGCGUUCAGCAAAGGCCAACCCAGACAUGAACAACUACCUGGUCUACCUCUGCGUCACCCCAGAUCCAGUCAAUGGCAUGAGCCCCGACACAUACCAUGCAACUCGAAGCGCGGCAGCCAUUAUGCUCAAAAACAACGUCAAAAUCUCCUUCAGGUCGAUACCGGAGGCAAGCAAGACGUAUAUCAAAUCGCACGUCCUACACGGCCUGCAAGAUCGGAACACACAGAUCCGCAACUACAUUGGGAAUGUCGUCACGGAGGUGGUACGACAGGGCGGCAUUCUUGGAUGGCCGCAGGUACUUCCAGAUCUCGUCGCUCUGGUAGCGAACGAGUCUGGUCAUACUUCACCUGAAGCUCAGGAUGGUGCUAUGGGCGCCCUGUUCAAGAUCUGCGAAGACAACCGAAGAGCACUCGACCAAGAAUACCAGACACAGCGACCGCUGGCAUAUCUUCUACCGAAGCUCGUCGAGUUCACCCGAAGCGAGAAUGCAAAAGUGCGUGGACGAGCUCUGGCCACCAUCAACGUCUUCCUGACCGAGCCCAUCGCUUUGACUGUUCGAGAGAAUGUCAACGAGAUCCUUCCUGAAAUCGUUCGCCUCGCCACCGACAACAACGAUGACGUGCGUCGAUUCGUAUGUCGAUCAUUCGCUCUGCUGGCCGACGCACUACCAGAAGUGCUCGUUCCUCAUGUUGAAGGCAUUGUUAACUACACGCUCUCACAACAGAAAGACGCUCAGAACCAGGAGUUGGCACUAGACGCGGCAGAAUUCUUCUUCGAAGCAAGCAGCAACGGCUCGCUGAAAGGAGCCCUAGGACCGUACCUUAGCAAGAUCGUUCCCGUGCUCCUGGACUGCAUGAUCUACAGCGAGGAUGACCAAGUCCGGCUGGAAAGCGAGAAUGAAGAUGCUGAGGUCGAAGAUGAAGCCAAGGACAUCAAGCCCCAGUUCGCUACCUCGAAAACUUCUCGCACAGAUGCUGGAGCAACAGACGCCAAUGGUCAGGCCAAGCCUACAGCAAAUGGCUUCGCAUACGAAGAUGAUCUGAGCGAUGGUGAAAUCGAGGACGACGAUGACUUCGACGAGAUCGAUCCCGAAGAAGAGUGGAACCUGCGCAAGUGCUCGGCAGCGUCGCUCGAUAGUCUCGCCGGCUUCUACCAUGGUGCUGUGUUCAAGGAGGUGUUGCCUUGGCUGAUCGAGAACCUCAAGCACAAGGAUUGGCCGAAUCGUGAAGCAGCCGUUCUCACUCUGGGAGCCAUCGGUCCGGGUUGCAUGGAUGACAUCGCUCCACACCUUUCAGAGCUCAUACCGUAUUUGCUCUCCCUUUUGCAAGACCAGAUGCCUGUGGUACGGCAGAUCACUUGCUGGUCGCUGAGUCGAUACGCCGAGUGGGCUGCACACGACAACAACGCGCCGAAGCAGCAAUUCUUCGAACCCAUCAUGGAAGGACUGCUGCAGCGAAUGCUCGACAACAACAAGAAGGUUCAAGAAUCUGCAGCAUCUGCAUUCGCCUCGCUGGAAGAGAAGGCAGGCAAAGAGCUUGCUCCAUACUGCACAGUCAUACUCCAACAGUUCGUGAAGUGCUUCAACAAGUAUAAGGACAAGAACAUGUACAUCCUUUACGACUGCGUCCAAACACUCGCAGAGCAUGCAUCGCCAACGUUGGCAAAGCCAGAGAACGUUACGCUUCUCAUGCCGGCCAUGAUCGAACGCUGGCAAAAGGUCCAGGAUCAGUCCAGAGAGAUGUUCCCACUGCUCGAGUGUCUGUCCUUCGUGGCGACAGCUCUUGGUCAAGAGUUUGCACCGUACGCACAACCGCUCUUCAUGCGCUGCAUCAAGCUCAUCCAGCAUAACUUGGAAGACGGCAUGGCUGCGGAGCAGUCAUAUCUCGACACGCCCGACAAAGAUUUCCUGGUCACGAGUCUAGACCUUCUGAGCAGCAUCAUCCAAGCUCUUGACGAGGCCCGAAGCACUGAACUUGCUGCCACUGCACAGCCAAACAUGUUCGAGCUCCUGGCUUACUGCAUGAGGGACGGCAACAACGAUGUGAGGCAAUCUGCCUACGCACUGCUGGGCGAUUGUGCCAUCUACAUCUUCUCUCAGCUCCAGCCGUACCUGCCUGAGCUUAUGAAGAUCCUCAUUGCACAACUGGACCUUAGCCAGACUACCGAUGACCCAGAGACGGCCUUCAGAGUGAUUAACAAUACUUGCUGGUCGUGUGGUGAAAUUGCCAUGCGACAAAAAGAAGGCAUGAAUCCAUUCGUCGAGGAGCUCUUGACCAGACUUGCCUUCAUAAUGUUCAGCAAGGAUGUGCCAGAGUCUCUGAACGAGAACGCAGCGAUUGCGUUGGGUCGACUGGGCAUCGGCUGUCACAAGCAACUGGCACCGCAUCUCGCCAACUUUGCACCACCAUUUCUCCAAUCAAUGCAGAAAGUGGGCUGGACUGACGAGAAGGGCCACGCUUAUAAAGGCUUCGUCAAUGUCGUCCUCGACAACCCUCAGGCACUCGAAUCGUGCCUCAUCGACUUCCUCACCGAAAUGGCGAACGCUCCUGGCGUAUUCUUGACCGGAAUGCAAGACGACGGCCCUCUGCAUGGCUUCGAGCGUGUGCUGGCUCAGUACAAGCAGAUGAUAGGAGAAAACUUCGACAACUACCUGCACAACCUCCCGCCAAUGCAAGAGCAAGCGCUGCGCCAGCUGUACACCUUCUAG